CGCGCAGGCACACAGAACAUCCGCACGGUGACGGUCUAUCUAGCUUCCCUCUCUAUGGAUUUGCUGGACGGUGCCCGUGGAGGAUCAAAUCUCGUCUGACAGCUGAGUGCCGUCUACCCAUUGAUGUAGAGAUACCAUGGCCCCGGCUUUUCCCUCGGACUGGGAUGACGAUGAACGGAUGUCCUUCUUGUUCUCUGCCUUCAAGCAGUCUCGUGAUGUGGACAGUGCAGAUUGGGACAGUAAAAUGGCUUUCUGGACACCUCUGAUUAUAAUGCACGCCAAGGCUCAAGGGCUACUCACAAUUUCAUUGUGCCAUCUACAAAAAGGCUUUACCCGCAAGGGCAUUUCUCCUUUAGGUCUGGGAACAGUCGUCCAGGAAAUGCUAAGGCAAGGUUCCCUGCAGAGAGAGUCCGAUUUUGUGGCAGGUGUCACCAGCGGCUGGGUCUCUUGGGGCGUGAGAGAGCUGGUCAUCAAACCUCUACGCUGGACCAUCAGCUCAGUCCUAGGUGGACAGUUAAACCCAGAUGAGCCAUUUGUGGUUCCUGAAGUAAUAAAGGAACAGGCAGAUGUGGUGUUACAGAAGUACCAGUCCUCUCCACUCUGCACCGUCCCCUUGCUGUGUGAGGAUGAUGUACAUGGACUCUGCAAAGAUCUGAUCCCGACUAAGUCUGCAUUUCAGUUGGUUCUGUUGCAGCUUCUGAGAGACAAGAAGGUCUGUCUUCUACAGAGAGACGGUGAGAGGCUCGUCAAGUUUGUCCCGGGAGGAAGUAAUCAAGUGACCCCCAUAAGAGACACCGAUCUGGGCAUUUAUGACUUACAGAAAAGCGAGAAGCUGCUAUCGGAGAGACUGCAGAGCGCGUGUGACGAAUCUUCAAGGCUGACAGAAGAGGCAAAAAGCUUUAAUAAGGCCGGGAAUAAGCAACAGGCCCUGAGGUGCCUUCGUCGCAGGAAAGUGGCAGAAAAGCGGAUAUCUGCUCUGCAGAGCAAGUUGGACACAGUGCAGAGCAUUCUGGAGAGAAUAUCAAUGGCUGAGACUGACCGCAAGGUGGUGUCUGCGUACCAGGCAGGAGUCUCUGCUCUGCGCUCAGCACUGAAGGAUGUCAGUCUGGAGAAAACAGAGAGUUUAGUAGAUCAGAUACAAGAGUUCUGCGACCUGCAGGAUGACGUCAACCAGACCCUGUCCUCAGUGGGAACCAGCGAUCUUGAUGUGGACACAGAUGAGCUGGAAAGAGAGCUGAAUGAGAUCCUUCAGAAGGAGGAGGUGGAGGUGGAGGUGGACCUUCCAGACGUUCCCACUGGUCCAUUGAUUGCCUCUCCACAGCACCCUCCUCUUAGCCAUCAUGGUGAUAACGGAGCUCUGGACAUGAGCGGGAUGCUGUCUGCCCUCCCAGAUGUCCCUAGUGGUCCCCUCACUCGUUCUCCACUACGUCCUUCAGUGGGGCAGAGUAAUCAAAGCGCUGCUCUUCAAACCCAUCGUGCACUUUUCCAAUGAUCGUGGGAUGAUUUGUAGAAAAAGUCGCCUCAUAUGGGACUCCUGUUAAUUUAUGUUUCAUUGAUGAGAUGCUUCGAAUUAAAGGGUUAAAUCUGAAAAAUCAUAAUCACUAAAAUGGAUUAUCUAGGGUCAUUGUGUACCAGGGCCGCUCGUUCUUUGACUAGAUUCUCACAAAGGCAAGUUUCAUAUAUAGGCGAUAACAAGGGCCGUACAGGAAAAGCUACCAAAAUGACGCCCCCCCCGCUCUGACGUCACUUCCUAAAAGAGUUGGUUCAGGUGCAGGGCCACCAAAGUUGUUCUCCUUCCCUAGGACAUGGAAAAAAUGGAGCGGCUAGCCACAACAACCGAUGACAUCACCUUCAUUUUCUAGCGUGCCGUGGAAAACAUGAUCGCUGGAACGGUGGGCAGCUGCUUCAGUUUCCCUUUUCUCUAUAUCUAGAUACAGUAUUUUCGACACUAUAUAUGUGUUAUUGAAACCUCUUUGAGGCGCCCAAAGAUUGCACGGUUUUCUAGAGGAAUGUGUCGCUCAGACUGCUGUAUAAAAACUGAAAAUGUCUGAUAAAAGGGCUCAUAUACAAUAAAGAGUUGACUUGUCUUUCCAGAAGUAGUACCACUUAUGUCUCAGCUGUGUCUGCUAUAGCAACGUACGGUAGCUUUGUUUAAUGGAAAUAUAACCUACAAAAAAGUUACCAGACGGCAUGAAAUACAAAAGAUUUGUAUUACUCGUGGAACAGCGGGGAUAUUACCAGCGUGUUCUCCCUCUGGGAUGUCGCCUUGUCCCUGCACUUGUUUUUUGUUUUGUGAUGUAAUUUAUUGUAUAUAAUAA